UACAGCACGCAAAACGUAGUGUAACUGAAAAACUUGAUCAACACAUGUCAAUAGGAAUUGAUCUUGUAGUUGAAGAAGAAACUCUGCAUGUACGUGAAUUGGGAGUUCACUGAUAACCGGAAACAAUGUACGCGAUGUACAAGGAGUUGCAUCCCCCUACUGGGAUAGAACAUUCCAUUCACUGUCAUUUCUAUAACAUGGACCAGUAUAACCUAGUGGUGGCAGGGGCGAACCAGCUAUCUGUGUAUCGUUUGAUUCUUGCCACUGAGGCAAAGUCCUCAUCAGCAGAGAAAACGCUCGCAGAAUCGAAGAGGAUGAAGCUUGAAUGCUUGGCGACGUACCAGCUGUUUGGCGUUGUGCAGUCUAUCCGGAGCGUGAAUCUGUCUGGCUCGUGUAGGGAUUCACUCAUGCUCAGUUUCAAGGAUGCAAAGUUAUCCAUUGUUGAGUAUGAUCCAUCCACCAAUGGUUUGAAAACAUUAUCUCUGCAUUUCUUUGAAGAUGAAGACGUGAAGGAUGGGUUCAUCACUAACUACAAUCGUCCAAACGUGCGCGUGGAUCCAGAUGGGAGAUGUGCAGUGAUGCUUAUUUAUGGAACGAGGCUCGUUGUACUUCCAUUCCGGAAGGAGGGAGUUGUAGAAGAGAUCGAAUCGAACACUGGAGCUGGUAAAUUGCCGGUCAUGUCAUCAUAUAUGAUAGACAUGCAUCGUCUGGAUGAGUGCAUCACCAACAUCAUCGACCUUCAAUUCUUGCAUGGCUACUACGAACCAACGCUCUUCAUUCUGUAUGAACCCAUGCAGACAUGGGCAGGACGUGUUGCUGCCAGGAUAGACUCCUGUAGCAUUGUGGCGAUAUCACUAAACAUCAGAGAGAAAGUGCAUCCCAUCAUCUGGUCCAUCAGCAACCUUCCAUUUGACUGUCUGCAGGCUAUGACUGUGCCAAAACCAAUUGGUGGAGCAUUGGUGUUUGCUGCCAACUCUCUUCUUUACCUCAACCAAAGCUUUCCCCCACUGGGUGUCUCUCUCAACGGAUUCUCAGACAACAGUACAGCAUUUCCACUGAAAAUACAAGAAGGAGUGAAAAUCUCUCUAGACUGUGCACAGGCAUCCUUUGCUGCAUUUGACAGACUAGUCAUCUCGUUAAAAGGUGGCGAGCUAUAUGUGCUGACACUUCUUGCCGAUGGGAUGAGAAGCGUGCGAGGCUUUCACUUUGACAAAGCUGCGUCAAGCGUCCUGACGACGUGUAUUUGCACGUUAGAGAAUGGUUACCUAUUCCUCGGCUCCAGAGUUGGAAAUUCUCUUCUCUUGAAGUACACUGAGAAGUUGCCUGAUAAUUUAGUUGAGCCAAAGCGGUCUGACAGCGAUACAAAAAAGCUGGCUGAAAACCCAUCUAAGAGGAAACGACUUGAUACCAUGGGCGAUUGGAUGGCAUCUGAUGUCGCAGAAGUACAAGACCCAGAGGAGCUGGAGGUGUAUGGUGAAGCAGCUAUGCAGACGGGUACCCAGCUAUCACAGUAUUCGUUUGAGGUAUGUGACAGCAUCCUGAACAUCUGUCCAUGUGGUUGGGUGAGUAUGGGAGAGCCAGCAUUUCUCUCUGAAGAGUUCCAAAAUUCACUGGACCCCGACAUAGAGCUGGUCACGACAUCUGGGCAUGGAAAAAACGGAGCUCUGUCUAUACUACAGAGAACAAUCCGGCCCCAGGUUGUGACGACAUUUGAAUUGCCUGGCUGCUAUGACAUGUGGACUGUGGUUGGACCUCAAACUCCCGAGAAAGACAUUGUGCAGAAGAAGGAUGGUAGUGAUGGUGAGGAAGACAUAGAAGAAGAGAAACCUACAGUGAUACCAAAUAGCCAUGCAUUUCUGAUUCUCAGCAGAAGCGAUUCUAGUAUGAUUCUUCAGACUGGCCACGAGAUCAAUGAGCUAGACCACAGUGGCUUCAACACUCAAGGACCGACAGUGUUUGCUGGUAACAUGGGCAAAAAUCAAUACAUAGUGCAGGUGAACUCAGCGGCCGUCCGUUUGCUUCGCGGAGUGGAAAUGCAGCAGGAGGUUUUGGUAGAACUCAAUGCACCGAUUGUGCAUGCAACGCUUGCUGACCCAUACCUAGUCAUCGCCAGUGAGGAGGGAGAGUUCGCACUACUCAAACUACAGGAGGAUGCAGAUGGCAAUGCAAAGCUGUCCCUCACUAAGUCACACGUGCACAACAAGGAGAGUAAAGUGUUGGCACUAUCUGCCUACAAGGACACUGGUGGCUUGUUCACUACAAAACCCACGGAUGGUGACGUUCCAGCAGAUCAGUAUUUCACCAACCUGCCUGCUGCUGCUGCAAAACGGGAGGAAAAUCAUGAGGUCCCUGUAAAGAAGCUAGAUGAUGAGGAUGAGCUCCUGUACGGCGAGUCGGCAGAGCUGCUGCAGCCGCUCAAUGGCGCAGACGAUGAGGAAAUCCAGCGGGAAGCCAACGCGUCGCCACACCUUACCGAGCUGCAUGUUGAGGCAACUCACUGGCUGGCUGUUGCCAGGGACGACGGGAUGCUGCAGAUCUGUAGCCUGCCAGACUUCUCCGUCUGCUUUGUCGUGAGGAACUUCCCAGCUGGCAAGCGAGUGCUGGUGGACCACGAUCAGGAGAACACAGCGGCGAGGACUGUGAAUGAGAAGCCUGCGGAGGAGGUGACGUCGACGCAGGAGGUGAAGGAGCUGAUGCUAGUGGGGCUCGGCAACAUGAGCUCUCGCCCUCACUUGCUGGCACGUGUCAACGAGGAGCUGCUCAUCUAUGAAGCGUUCCCCUACCGCGGCCACGGACGCGAGAAACACCUCAGGCUGCGGUUUUCAAAGGUGCCGAUCAAUUUGCUGCUCAAAGAGAAAAAGGUAUCAAAGUCUCGGAAGAAGGCCGAGGCAGAACAGAAGGCAGUCUUCAGCAAGCACGUUAAUCGGCUGCGGUACUUUGAAGACAUCGCUGGAUACAGUGGGAUUUUUGUCUGUGGUCACUACCCACACUGGCUGUUCAUGUCACAAAGGGGUAUUCUUCGAGCCCAUCCGAUGGGCAUAGAUGGAUCUGUAACUUGCUUCUCACCAUUCCACAAUGUCAACUGUCCGAAAGGAUUUCUCUACUUUAACAGACAGGGGGAGCUCAGAAUAGCAGUUCUACCCACUCACCUGUCGUAUGAUGCACCGUGGCCCGUGCGCAAGGUUCCACUCCGAUGUACACCGCACUUCAUCUGUUACCAUCUGGAUAGUAAGACAUACGCGCUCGUGACAAGUGUGCCAGUCACUUGCAAUCGCAGUGUCAAGAUGGUUGGGGAGGAGAAAGAGAUAGAGACUGUGGAACGUGAUGACCGUUUUAUUUAUCCAACUAUCGAGAAAUUCAGUGUGCAGUUGUUUUCACCUGUCAGCUGGGAAGCCAUUCCCAAUACCAGCAUUGAGUUUGAAGACUGGGAGCAUAUCACGUGUCUGAAGAAUGUUUCCUUGAAGUCAGAGGGUACGGUCAGUGGAUUGAAGGGUUACCUCGCCGUCGGAACAAAUAUUAGCUAUAGUGAUGAGAUCACGUGUAGGGGUAGGAUACUUUUACUGGAUGUGAUAGAAGUUGUCCCAGAGCCUGGCCAGCCCCUGACAAAAAACAAAAUCAAGGUUCUGUAUGAUGAGGAGCAGAAAGGUCCAGUGACGUCACUCACGCAAGUUGCUGGUCAUCUGCUCGGUGCCAUUGGCCAGAAGAUCUACAUGUGGGAGCUAAAUGGAGAUCAGCUGGUUGCCAGAGCAUUCAUUGACACCCAGAUAUACGUGCAUCAAACGAUCGGCCUGAAGAACUUUGUUCUCGUGGCAGACAUUGUAAAGAGCAUCUCUUUGUUGCGUUAUCAAGAGGAAACAAAGACAUUGUCUUUGAUAAGCAAGGAUAUUAAACCAAUGGACGUGUUAGGCAUUGAAUACUUCAUUGAUAACACGCAGAUUGCAUUCUUAGCCACGGACACGCACUGCAACGUAUUCCUGUACCUCUACCAGCCUGAAGCAAGAGAAAGCUGCGGUGGGCAGCGGUUGGUGAGGAGGGCCGACAUCAAUAUUGGAUCAAGGGUCGUAUCGAUGUUCCGAGUUCGAUGCAAAAUACAGGAUCCAUCAACCGACAAAAAAGCCAGCAGUUCGGUAGAAAAGAAACAAGUCACUUUCUUUGCCACGCUCGACGGCAGUUUGAGCUACCUGUUACCGAUGACUGAAAAGACGUACAGGAGGCUGCUCAUGUUACAGAACGCACUCGUCAUACACAUUCCACACAAUGCUGGAUUGAACCCCAGAGCCUACAGGAUGGUAAAAAGUGGGCAUCGCAUGCUUGCCAACCAGAAUCGUAAUAUCCUGGAUGGAGACCUGCUGUGGAAGUUCUUACACCUGAGCAUGGGUGAACGCACAGAGCUGUGCAAGAAGAUCGGUACGACAUCGGACCAA